GAGAGUGUGCUGCCUGGUCUUGGCUCUCCUGCUGCCUCCUAUCCUCCCCUCGUCUUCCUCUCUUCCGACAGAGGAAGACGAGAUCGAGCGAGCGAGCGACGAGAAAGAGAGAGUUAGGUUAUGGAGGCUGUCGAGGGAGAGUCCGAUCCACCGCAUCCCGGAGUGAAAGGCACAUCGCAUGAUUUAGGGAGAUUUGCAGUUCAUCGGGGAAGACUUGAAUCAGUCGGCGUCGAAGGCGACGAAAAUCGUAUAGAAUGGUUUGGAGAUCGAGGAACGGGCAGAGAAGCGCGCCUGAAGGCGCAGAGUUUUCCGUGCAUGGCCAUCGAUGGUGGUAAGGGCUUUGUCACCCCGUGCUCACCACGAGGUCGCACUUGCGCCGAGAGAGAAGUUUGCAGCGGCUUCUCCUUCUGAUAGGGGAGCCAGUGGUAGUACCAGGGCUGUUGCUGGUUUACCGCAGCACGGUCCCGACGGCGGCACCAUGACGGUGGUGAGCACAGCGAGCGUGUUGCUGGCCAUGCCUCGAGAGCAGCAUCCUGUACUGAAGCUGCAUGCUCUUAAAAAUCUCAAUGCCCUCGUGGAUCAUUUCUUGCCUGAAGUGUCGACAAACAUCACUUGAGAACUGGCCGAAUUGGUAGCAUCGAAGGUUUGUUUAUUACCGUGGUGAGUUGAAUGACUCUCUUAUUUCUGCGUUAGGCGCGGGACCGUUGUCUGACGUCACUGAGAGUCGGAAUAUGUGCAGAUCUUGGUUGAUACUACGCCGUCUCGGAAGGAUCUAUCAAAGUCAGCCAAGUCCUGAUUGUUUGAGUAUCUGCUAGUGCCGGAACGACAGUCGAUACUUAUCUGCGUGAUAAUCUUGUGAGUUCUCACACCCAUUCUAUCCUAAAUCGUUUAGUCAAGCGAUAUAUGCCUGUAAGUUACACCUGGUUUACUGGCCUUUAUUAGUGACUCUCUCGACUUCGAGCCUUUCGAGUUUCACAAGCUCGUGAAAUUUUACCCUGUGCUCAGGAGCUUGGGAAGAAAACAUGGAACCGAGCUUGAUGUUUCUUAAUAAUCUUACCUUUGAUUUAGAGUGGUUAAAGAAAUGAUGCAAUGUAUAGUUGUUUUGUGAAAUAGAUUCCCGUUGUUCUUCAGAGGGUUUGAUUAGAAAGUUUGUGUUAGGAGGUAGUACCAUUCUUAUUCAACCCUCCUUGACGGUCAGUAGUGAAAAGAUCACCCUCCUCUGAGAAGGAAGAUGACCUGGCUUCUGUUUACGUUCUACGUACCCUCGGUUAAGCUCUCUUAUCGGAGUUUAGGGCCAGCUAUUCCGGCGGCCACCACUUCCCCCACCCCGUCCUCCGGACGGUCCGGACGACUGUGCCCUCGCAGCGGAGUUGCGGGUUCAUCGAUUCCGGUGCGGGGGUCCGUCCGGUGCCAAGGCCCCGUCGUCCGUCCGAUGCGAGCGCCACCGCUGAUCGCAUCCCGCCUCGCGCUGCCAAUUUUUAUGAGUAUCCGUUAUUCGUCUAGCAUCCUCAGCCUAGGCCUAGCGAGGUGGUCGCCCAUUAUGGGAUGUGUAUGGGGGCCUGGGGCAUCGUAUCGCCGCGCCCCGCGGUUCUUGUACCGGACUGUGCCUGCAAGCUACCUCGUAGCGGGCGGGCGGACGGACGGUCUGGAUCUGGAUGUGACUAGCGGUGGCCCUCGCAUCGGACGGUGGUGGCGCCACCUCGUCCACAACCUCCGGACGGAGCCCGGAGUACAAACCUCCCCUCCCCCUCCAACCCACCGGACGGGCCGGGCCGGAUGGACCGACUGCCACCACUUCGAAUCCAGCGUACGGUCGGCGGAUUCUGAGCGUUCUCACCGCCCGCGACACCGGCAGACACCAUCCCAAAUCUACCGGGUUGUCUUGAUGGACGGACGGCCGCCACAUCAAACCCAGCGAACGGUCCGGAUGGAUGGGCGGACAACCAACGACGGAGUCCUCGCGGUGAUAGUAACUCCCUUCGACUUCGGAGUCUUCGCGGCGGAUAGCACUUGCAACCCAGCGUAUGGUCUGGACGGCUCAGAUAGAUUGAUGGAUGCUCGCCACCUCGAACUCAGCCAACGGUCCGGAUGGAUGUAUGGCCGCCACCUCGAACGUAGCUAACGGUCCGGAUGGAUGGAUGGUCGCCACCUCAAACUCAGCGGACAGUCCGGAUGGAUGGAUGAGCGCCAGCUCAAACUCAGCGGACGGUCGGGAUGGAUGAAUAGUCGCCACCUCGAACUCAGCGGACGGUCCAGAUGGAUGCAUGAGCGCCACCUCAAACGCAGCGGACGGUCCGGAUGGAUGUAUGAGCGCCACCUCAGACUCAGCGGACGGUCCGGAUGGAUGGAUGGUCGCCAGCUCGAACUCAGCGGACGGUCCAGAUGGAUGCAUGAGCGCCACGUCAAACGCAGCGGACGGUCCGGAUGGAUGGAUGAGCGCCACCUCAAACUGAGCGGACGGUCCGGAUGGAUGGAUGACCGCCAGCUCGAACGCAGCGGACGGUCCGGUAGAUGGAUGACUGCCAGCUCGAACGUAGCGGACGGUCCGGAUGGAUGGAUGCGCGCCACCUCAGACUCAGCGGACGGUCCGGAUGGAUGAAUAGUCGCCACCUCGAACUCAGCGGACGGUCCAGAUGGAUGCAUGAGCGCCACCUCAAACGCAGCGGACGGUCCGGAUGGAUGCAUGAGCGCCACCUCAAACUCAGCGGACGGUCCGGAUGGAUGGAUGAGCGCCAGCUCAAAUUCAGCGGACGGUCGGGAUGGAUGAAUAGUCGCCACCUCGAACUUAGCGGACGGUCCAGAUGGAUGUAUGAGCGCCACCUCAAACGCAGCGGACGGUCCGGAUGGAUGCAUGAGCACCACCUCAGACUCAGCGGACGGUCCGGAUGGAUGGAUGGUCGCCAGCUCGAACGCAGCGGACGGUCCGGAUGGAUGGAUGAGCGCCACCUCAAACUCAGCGGACGGUCUGGAUGGAUGGUCGCCAGCUCGAACGCAGCGGACGGUCCGGAUGGAUGGAUGAGCGCCACCUCAGACACAGCAGACGGUCCGGAUGGAUGGUCGCCAGCUCGAACGCAGCGGACGGUCCGGAUGGAUGGAUGAGCGCCUCCUCAGACUCAGCGGACGGUCGGAUGGAUGGAUGAUCGCCAGCUCGAACGCAGCGGACGGUCCGGAUGGACGGAUGGUCGCCACCUCAAACUGAGAGGACGGUCCAGAUGGAUGGUCGCCACCUCAAACUCAGAAGACGGUCCAGAUGGAUGGUCGCCAGCUCGAACGCAGCGGAUGGUCGGAUGGAUGGAUGAUCGCCAGCUCGAACGCAGCGGACGGUCCGGAUGGACGGAUGGUCGCCACCUCAAACUCAGAGGACGGUCCAGAUGGAUGGUCGCCACCUCAAACUCAGAGGACGGUCCAGAUGGAUGGUCGCCAGCUCGAACGGAGCGGACGGUCCGGAUGGAUGGAUGGUCGCCAGCUCGAACGCAGCGGACGGUCCGGAUGGAUGGAUGGUCGCCAGCUCGAACGCAGCGGACGGUCCGGAUGGAUGGAUGGUCGCCAGCUCGAACGUAGCGGACGGUCCGGAUGGACGGAUGGUCGCCACCUCAAACUCAGAGGACGGUCCAGAUGGAUGGUCGCCAGCUCGAACGGAGCGGACGGUCCGGAUGGAUGGAUGGUCGCCAGCUCGAACGCAGCGGACGGUCCGGAUGGAUGGAUGGUCGCCAGCUCGAACGUAGCGGACGGUCCGGAUGGACGGAUGGUCGCCACCUCAAACUCAGAGGACGGUCCAGAUGGAUGGUCGCCAACUCGAACGAAGCGGACGGUCCGGAUGGAUGGAUGGUCGCCAGCUCGAACGAAGCGGACGGUCCGGAUGGAUGGAUUAGCGCCACCUCAAACUCAGCGGACGGUCCGGAUGGAUGGAUGGUCGCCAGCUCGAACGCCGCGGACGGUCCAGAUGGAUGGAUUAGCGCCACCUCAAACUCAGCGGACGGUCCGGAUGGAUGGAUGGUCGCCAGCUCGAACGCAGCAGACGGUCCAGAUGGAUGGAUGAGCGCCACCUCAGACCCAGCGGACGGUCCGGAUGGUUGGAUGGUCGCCACCUCCAACUCAGAGGACGGUCCAGAUGGUUGGAUGAGCGCCACCUGAGACUCAGCGGACGGUCCGGAUGGAUGGAUGGUCCCCACCUCAAACUGAGAGGACGGUCCAGACGGUUAGGUGAGCGCCACCUCAAACUCAGCGGACGGUCCGGAUGGAUGGAUGAGCGCCACCUCAGACUCAGCGGACGGUCCGGAUGGAUGGUCGCCAGCUCGAACGCAGCGGACGGUCCGGAUGGAUGGAUGGUUGCCAGAUUGAACGCAGCGAACGGUCCGGAUGUUACGGACGACGGAAGCGUCGCAGCGCAGCCGACUCCCUCCGUAAACUACGGAAAAUAAAACAAUAAGUCUAAGGCUUAACGGAAUGGAGGGUAUAAAUACCUCGUUAGCAGAGCCUCUAAUGGAAUUGUGACAGUAAGGGCAGUGCAUCGAGCUCUGCCUAUGCUGUCACCAUUCCAUCCUUUUGGCCUUUCUGGCCGUAAGUUGAUACUUCCGGUAAAUUUCCGUAAACGGACAAAUCGGACGAGCCGGAUGGACGGAUUGCCAUGACGGACGGGCCGGAUGGGCGGAUCGCCACCACUUCGAACGCAGCGGACGGUAAGGACGGACGUCGGAGCGUUCCCACCGCCAUCGACACCGGGGGUCACCACCUCAAACCAACUGGACGGUCCUGAUGGACGGGUGGCCACCACCUCUCACCUACCGGAUGGUGUGGACGGUCUGGACGGACAGACUGUCACCGCCUCAGACUCACCAACAGCCCGGAUCGACGGAUGGUUACCAUCUCAAGCCCAGCGGACGGUGCGGAUGGACGGACGGUUCGUUCCGUCAUCCGUUGAACGGUGUUGUGUGGGUGGCCCGAGUGGGAAGGAUGAGCAGCAGGAGGAGAGUAAGAGGAGGGAGGGAGCGGAAAGAAGAUUUUAGGCAGGACGGGGAGAGGCAUUAUCUGUGCAACAAAUCUUUUUAUCCCACAUAACUUAUUUUUGGAUUAACGCAAAAUUU